AUGUCGGGCCUCUUCGGAAGCGCGGCAACGACUACGUCGUCUUCUAACACGCAGACCCAAGGCGACCUCAAGGGGGACGUGCCUCUCAGCAACCCGCCCACCGACACCAUCUCGGGACUGGCCUUCUCCCCUGGGCAGAACCCCUCUGAUUUCCUGGCCAUAUCGAGUUGGGAUCAGAAGGUUCGCAUCUACGAGAUCUCGCAGACUGGUCAGAGCGAGGGACGUCAUGCGUACGAUCACGGGAAGCCUGUCUUUGACGUUGAUUUUUCCAAGGUAAGCCUGACCAGAAAACGGGGGAGGGGGAAGGAGGAAGAAUCAGCAGGACAAGAAAAGGAGAAGGAAUUAGGAAGAGAAGGAGAAGAAGAAGAAGAAGAAGAAGAAGAAGAAGAAGAGGGAAAGACGAAAAGCUGCUUCACGUCCUGCGGAGCGGACAACAACGUCAAGGUGUGCGACCUGGCCAGCCAGCAGGAGAUUGUGGCCGGAUCGCACGACAUGCCCGUCCGAUCGGUCCGGUUCUUCGAGAGCGGCGGCAACCCCAUGAUCGUGUCGGGGAGCUGGGACAAGACGAUAAAGUACUGGGACAUGAGGCAGCAGGGUCCCGCGGGCACGGUUCAGUGCCAGGAGCGCGUCUACACCAUGGACGUCAAGGACAACCUGUGCGUCGUGGGCACGGCCGACCGCUACAUCAACGUCAUCGACCUCAAGAACCCGACCACAUUCUACAAGACGCUCCAGAGCCCCCUCAAGUGGCAGACGAGGGUGGUCAGCUGCUUUGCCGACUCGGCUGGCUUCGCUAUCGGCAGUAUCGAGGGUCGCUGUGCUAUCCAGUACGUCGAGGAGAAGGAUUCUAGCUCCAACUUCUCCUUCCGCUGUCACCGUGACCCCCCGGCCAAUGGGGUGACGAACGUCCACGCAGUCAAUGACAUCUCCUUCCACCCCGUCCACGGCACCUUUAGCACGGCUGGCUCCGACGGGACGUUCCACUUCUGGGACAAGGACGCCAAGCACCGCCUCAAGGGCUACCCCAACGUCGGCGGGAGCAUCACCGCCACCACCUUCAACAAGACCGGCAGCAUCUUUGCCUACGCCAUCGGCUACGACUGGAGCAAGGGUUACCAGCAUAACACGCAGAGUUACCCCACAAAAGUCAUGCUGCACCCCGUCAACGCCGACGAGCUCAAGCCGCGUCCUUCGAUGAAGAAGAGGUAA